UGGACCAAUCAUAUCUGUCCAAGUAGUGUUGGCAUUUAGCACGUCUUGUGUCAGGAAAAAUGAUGGCUGCGGAGGUGAGGUGGCCGUGUUUUGCGGCUAUAAUUUUCAUCGUGACGUUUGAAGUAUUUGGUAAUAUACCAUUAAGAAGAUUUGAGUACAAGUACAGUUUCAAGCCACCUUACUUGGCGCAAAAGGAUGGAAGUGUACCAUUCUGGGAAUACGGAGGAAAUGCCAUUGCUAGUGCAGAGAAUGUAAGAAUCGCCCCAUCCCUAAGAAGUCAGAAAGGUGCAAUAUGGACAAAAAUGAAAACAAAUUUUGAUUGGUGGGAAGUGGAUAUUAUAUUCCGUGUCACUGGCAGAGGAAGAAUUGGGGCAGAUGGAUUGGCAUUCUGGUACACAGACUCUAAAGGAGCAUAUGAUGGACAAGUCUUUGGCAGCUCAGACAAAUGGGUCGGUCUGGGCGUCUUCUUUGAUUCAUUUGACAAUGAUAACAAACACAACAACCCAUAUAUUAUGGCUAUUAUCAAUGACGGAACACAGGAGUUUGACCACCAGAAUGAUGGUAGCACACAGCAGAUGGCAGGCUGCAUGAGGGACUUCCGAAACAAGCCAUUCCCAGCUAGAGUGAAGAUUGAGUACUACCAGAACACUCUUACGGUCUUAUUCCUGAAUGGGAUGACAAACAAUGAACAAGACUUUGAGAUGUGUAUGCGAGCAGAGAAUGUGAUUCUCCCCAAGUAUGGCCAUUUUGGACUGUCGGCAGCAACGGGAGGCUUAGCGGACGACCACGAUGUGUUGCAUUUCUUGACGACCAGUCUGCAUCUGCCUGGGCUAGCCGCAGUACCUGCCGGAGGUCUUCACGUCUCGGAGGAGGACCAGCGCAAACUCUCCCAGGAAUAUGCUGAUUACCAGCGCAAGCUAGACCAGCAGAAGGAAGAGUACCACAGGGAACACCCAGAAGCUGCCAGGAAGGACAAGGAUAAUGAGUUUGAGGAGUGGUUUGAAUCUGACAACCAGCGUGAACUAAGGCAGAUCUUUACUGGGCAGAGUCAGAUGUUUGAGGUGCUGCGAGAACUUAAUCGAAAGCUGGACGAGGUCGUCGGGCGGCAGGAGCGAACGCUCAGUCUGUUGUCAUCUGUUCAAGCUAGCGGUGCCCAACCAGUCGCUACUGGACAGGUGCCAGGUCAGCCAGUGCUAGUAGACACUAUCCGACGUCACGAGGUUGAUCUUGUGUUGAGCAACCAGAACACCAUUGUGAACAUGGCUCGAGAUAUAAAAACUCUGACACAGGAGGUUCACUCCCGUUCAGACUCCAUACUGCAGAACCAGGCUCGCCAACCCACGGCGCAGGUACAGUCCGUGGGGUACGACAUGGUGAGCGUUAUCAACGAAAUGCGGGAUGGGCUGAAUGUCGUAAAGCGAGAUGUCGCUGCUGCCAGCCAGCGACUCGGUGGUGGGAACGGCACCCCAGCAGGCUGUCCACAACAGACUGCUUGCUUGUCCCCAACAAUCUUUUUCAUUUUUGCAGCAUUGCAGGUAGCAGUUAUUCUGGGCUAUUCUUUCUGGAGGGACAACAGAGAAGCGCAAGCAAAGAAGUUCUAUUGAAGACAAUAAGAAUGAACAUUGCGAUUAUUGGAUGUCUGUGGCCCCAUCACCGUGACACCUCGUCCGUCAUGUCAGUAUACAAGUAACAGGUCGCCCGUUAUCUCUAAUGUUGUGUUCUCUGUCCUGUUUCAAUUGUCACAGCGUGUGAGUUGGACAGACACACUCGAAAUGCUACUUUUAUAGCCCAUGAUAUGGUUCAAAUUGAGGGGGAAUGCUCACUGCUUGGACACUGCAUUGGCACUGAGCAUGCGGCCGAUACCAGGUCUUGUUCUCGACUCUAUUACAAAUCCGUCUUCAUUGAAGGAUCAAAGUUCAUGAAAUUACGUGCCACCGUUUGACUGCAGAGUAUUUCCAGCACUGUAGUGUCAUCGGAGACCCCGGCCGAUCAUGUCCGUAAAAUCAAACGAAACGCUCAGAUCUGAUAAAUUGUUUAUUUUCUGUUUGAAGCUAGUAAAGUUUUGUUGGCUGCCAGAUGUCGAAGGGUAAGAUAAGUAAUUAUAGGAGCGGCGAGAUUGGUACAAGAAAAAUUAUGAUAAUCGGAAACAUUUAGGAGGAAAUGCUGUAUUUUUCUGAAUACAAGACAACUGAAAUUUUGAAACAGUGCCCUUAAACCAGAAGUGAAGAAAUGAAGAGAGAAUUAUAAUGUAAAAUAUGAAAUUGAACACAGAAUAAUAAAGAAUGUGUUUGCCAUGAUAAUAUAUUUUAACACUUCUAUACAGCUGAUAGGACCACUGUAGCGCGCUUUCACUUGUUCUACGUUACUUUAUGUUUACAGUUGUCCUGAAUAUGAACAUUCAACAACAUUUUAUUAGUCAAUGACGAUGUUGCUCUUCUGAGUUAUGACGAUUUGUAGGUAGAUACCGACGUUGCAGAGAAACAUGCCGUCCCUUUUUCAGCCCUGAGGAUGUAGACCGUUUGUUUCUCCGAAAUAUUUGUAUCUAUCUGUGAGUCUGCAAGGCAUCACAACCCAGAAGAAUAAUGCAGUCAUCGUCACCGCUGUUUUGUUAGAAUUCCUUCUUAUGAUCAGCGUAAAAUAAUUCUGCCAUUUGGAAACGGGCUGCAUAAUUGUACUGCUGAAUCCGAAUAGAUCAACUUUGUAACAUUAUUAUUAAUUAAAUAAUAUUGACCCUAGUUGAGAUAUUUUCUUAGUAUGCAUUUAAGAAAGCGCAUCAUUUUUUUAAAUAGCAAAAAAUCAGUGUCUUGUAUUUGGUUAAAUACGGUUUAACGAGAUUUUUAAAAGAACAAAGUAAAAUAUUUUGUUCAGAUGGAGAGAUUUCAAGUUAGGUUUUACUUAAUAAUAUUAUGAUGUGGUGAAAAUAUGUAGUGGGUCUUAGAGACCUGUGUGUGUGUGUGUGUGCGCAUGCACGCAUGUGCAAACACGUGCACAUGCGUGCAUGAUUGAAGUUCUCUCUGAGGUGGUGAGUACGAAGACGGCCGUCUUCUGGGUUGUAGCGCCUCGUAGUCUGGUAGAAGUAUACCGGCGUUUCACCCUAACUGCCCUGAUGAUGGAGGCAGCAAGGUCCUCUGAAAUGUUAGUAAACUAUUGCCAGACUACAUGUCAAUGCGACCCAAAAGAAAGCUAUCUUUAUCUCUGUGUGUAUGUUUGAUUUCUUUUAUAUGUGUGCUGAAUAUGUGUUAACUUUAGUAUUUUUCAUACGCAAGGAGGUCAUGCUUUCCACUUUCCGUUCGUUAGGUAUCUCGUUCUGAUGUCCGGGCCGAGAUACACCGCAUUUAAACUGUUAGUGUGAUAAGCGGAUCACUGCAUUUGCUCGGUUUUGUUAUAAAUUGCUGUCUUGGAUAUGAAAUUAUGUUUUAAAAAUGAAAGAAAGUUAUGUAUAAUGUGCGAUGGCAAAUCAGAAAUAUUGACUGCUAUUUUUAUUUCAUAUGUUCUAUGAAGAUACACGUGUGAAAAUUACGCCACAACGUUACUGAAGAUGGUGUCUUUCGGUAUGGUCCUUAUUUUGUCGGUGAAGUCGUCUUCUCCUGUCUUUGUUGCAUUAAUGUCUUCUGAUACGCGUCAAGCAUUAAACACCGCAGCUGAAUCGCCAUACGCUCUCUUCAGUCGUUCGUGUAUUUGAAUUUGUCUGCCAGCUUUGGCAACCAAGAAUUCAAUUACUGUUCUUCAUUCAAACUGCGUCUGAUGUUUUCUUAUUUUGAAAAUUUUGGUGCUGUUGAAUCGUGCCGUAACGACACGGAACCGAUUUGACGUGUUUUAAGUUCUAAACCAUUGUAAGUAGCACAUAUGGCAGGAACCUAAGAAGAAGCGACUUAGAGGAUGUUACUUUAUGCGGACCCUUAAAUAUGCGGGGAUUAGAUGUCGCAUCGAUACCCAAAUUCAGCCGGUAUUGGCCGAGACCCGCUCGACUGGAAGUUUUUUUUCCUUGUUAACAGUGAAACGGUUAAAAUUUGAAAACCUCGAACAUUAAUCAUGAACAUUUGGUAAAUUCAAAACGGAUCAGCGGUAGAAACUCUAAUUGUCUUUUCCUCAUUACCAAGGUGAAAUCAGGUGAUCGGAUCAGUCCGUCGGUCGUGUCGCGAUUGGUCUCGCAAUUCAGGGCAGGCGUUUGCAUUUAGUUGGCAAUGUGUUGUUUGUGUGUGCAGCUGCGUAUUACACCAGACGGCGCUGCCUUCUCGUGCUUCCAGAGUGGGAAAUGACUAUUCCAAAUAUGUUGGGUAAAUGGACGCAGAAUUUUUGUUUUUUUAUCAUUCCUGUGGGGUUAAAGUGCCAAUGUUCUCUUAAGGCAGUGAGUGGUGGCGUAGCAGGACGUGGCAAGUUGUUGGGCUCGAACACGGCGCUCGCAGAACGAGCGUUCGUCACGCAGCAUAAAGAGAGUCGAGGUGUUUUGGUUGUGUUGGUAUAAGUGAUGACAAAUACCGUAUGGAAGUGUUUUUUGAGGUGUGAAAUACUUUGUGUACGUGUAGUGGUUGAAAGUGAACAUUUGUUGUUAUAGGGUGGAUUUUUUUGGGUAAAAAAAGUUGUGUAAAUCCUU